CUUAACCAGUUUGUUACCAACCUAAAACUUGUAUUCAAAUGAGAAAUACAUCUAAGAAAGGAAAAAGUGAAAAAAUGAUCUCAAAAUUACAAAUGUGAACGCUUUAAAAUAUUAAAAUUGAGAGUUCCAAAACUAUUGUGAAAGUACAUGGUUUUAAUGUUUAUGAAUUUUAAUCAGCUGAUAUAAACCGGUUGUCAGAUGAUUUGACUGAUAAACAGCUGACUUUUACUGAUUUUCAGCUGAUUUUUACUGAUUUUCAGCUGCAAUUUUUACUGAUGUUUAGCUGAUUUGAUUAUUAAUCAGCUGUUUUACUGAUGUUUAGCUGAUUUGACUAGUCAUCAGCUGUGUUGAUUGAUUAACAGCUGAUAUGUAUUGACAAACAUCUGAUAUCAGAUGUUUGUAAAUAAGAUGGUGACGAGGUGAAUGACCAAAAUGUUUAGUCUGGUGAUAAAUCUCCCUGUUCUAGCCGCAGUAUCGGCAGUUAAUCUGGAGCACCAUUAUGUAAGUAAAUGUUGCCCCGGAUCAUUCAUUCUUGACAGUACAGGGAAUAAUUGCGUUGAGGGGGGAAAUAAAGAUAUAAUUUUCCCCCCUCCCUUCACUGUUCUUUAUAAAGAUGAAUAUAUGACUAGUAGUGAAUAUGCUGUUACACGAGGGGAUUUCAUGGGAAAAUGCAGUUUAGGACAAGUUGAAGUGAAAAGAGUCGAUAUUUUAUCAACGGACGGCAGAUAUCUUGUAGGGGAGCUAAAGAAUGGAAGUCAGUAUUUAGAGGAUUGGGAAUAUUAUGACUGCGCGGAUUUUCUAAUUGAAGACGACAUAUUUCAUCUUGUAAUCGUCAAAUGCGAAGGAGUUGGAAACCUGGGAUGUCUGGAAAGUACUUGUAUUCAGAAAUGCUGCCCGUUUGGAUUUUCUUUAACAAGUUUAGGAUGUGUGGAGGAGGAGCAAAUGGAUUAUAAACCAACAUCUUUAAUUCUAACUUAUUAUAAUGGAUCAGAGGUUUUAUCUCUUCAAGAUGAAGUUAUAAAGAUAAAAACAGAUUUCUACAAUAUUCUUUCAACUCUCAACCACAGUACCCGCGGGUGGGAGUGCUCUGAUGUAUAUAUUCUCAAUGAAAACGAGUUUAAUAUUCUUCUCAAUGGAAGUUUACAUCAUCUAGAGUUCGAGAUAACUGAUGUGUACUGCACUGACACUUAUGAUACUGGAAACGGAACUAGAGAACUAUUUUUAGUCAGAUGUGUAGCAGAGGUUGAAGAAGAAAAGAAAUAUUUAGCUGAUCCUGCUUGGGAGAAUAGGAGGAUGAUGAGACUGAUUCAUAUUGUUCUAAUUAGUAUUAGUCUACUUGCAAUUUUUGCAACAUUAGUAGUUUACUUGAUUCUACCAGAUUUACAGAACCUUCACGGCAAAAUUAUUAUCAGUAACUUGGUGGCUAUGGGACUAGUUUACUUGUUUCUAAUUGUCAAUCAUUCUACACCCUUGGAUACUAUAUCAAUACCACUGUGCAUAGGUGUAGGGUAUACAGGAUACUGUUCGAUACUCUGUAUGAUUGUAUGGAUGACAACAAUGUGCGCUGACCUUUGCUGGACUUUUUCAAGGGCUAAAAUACCUGUCCAUGAAACUGAAAACAAAAAAUUCCUCAUUUACAGUAUUAUUUCAUGGGGUGUUCCAGUUGUAGGAACUAUUGCUCUGUUUUUGUUCCAAGUUUAUCUACCAGAAUCUUCAAAACUAAAUCCAAGGGUUGGACAUUUUCAAGGUGAAUGUUUUGUUGCCAGAGCCGGAGAUAGAAUCAGGCUCCUGUUGUACAUACCUAUCCUUGUUCUGAUGAUCAUCAAUGUAUGUCUUUUCAUCAUAAUAGUUGGAUCUAUUUUCAUCAGUAAGGUGAAAACUAGAGGAAUACGGACAUCUACAAGGAGUGACAAGAAAGGAAAAGAAGGGAACAGGAUAACUCAGAAAACCAAAGAACAACUGAAACUGUACAUGAAACUGUUCCUCGUUGUUGGCCUGCUCUGGGCGGGGGAGAGUAUUCAUCAUCUUGUACAUGAUCAUCAUUUAGACCAGACUGAUUUUGGGAACGGUUCUGUGUCUGAUAUGGUUCAACACAACGUGUCUGGUACAAUUCCUGAAUCUCCAUCCCACGAAGUUCUCUUCAGCAUUAUUGAUUGCUUGAACUUACUCAGAGGUGUAUUUCUUUUCCUGAUAUUCGUCUGUAAGCGGAACGUUUUCAACAAGCUUAGAGAUAAAUUUAGUGGAAAACCAAACAAAGGUGGGCUCAGACAAGGGUCCAGUAAUAAAACUGUUUGUUCUAAGCUCUCAGUAAAUAACAUGCUGGACAAGGGCAGUGGAAAAGAAAGGGGAAAUUUUGGACUAAACCUGGCCAAAACUGGACAAGAGGAAGCCAAGAGUGUACAACUGGCCAAAAAUGGACACGACGCAACUAAUGAGGGCAAAUCUCUGACCAAAAAUGAACAAGAAUUAACAAAAAAUGGGUCUAUUCGGGCCAAAAGCGGACUAAAUGAAACUAAGUUAAGACAUGAUCAGGCCAAAAAUGGACAGAAAAAAACUAACCUAAGACCUAGUCUGUCCAAAAGUGGAAAAAGCUGGGCCAAAUAUGAACAUCAACAGAAUGAAAAAAUGUCGAAAGAAAUAGAAAAUGACAAAAAUGUCAAAGAGAAAGUUGAAUUAGGAAGAGUCGAAGAAGAAAACCAUGAAAUUGAUUUUAGUUCAAAGGAAUCUGAACCUGAUGAUUUAAUAAGAAAAUGCUGAAUUUAGAAAAUAACUUAAAGUUUUCCUUCUUUUCCAUCAUCUUCCCGACUACAUUAUACUUUAUAUUCUUUUAAAUUUGUUCUACUAUACUAAUAUGGUAAGUUUUGAGACACGGGACAAUAAAAUUAGAGAUAAUUUUUUUGUCCCUGCUGGAUUAAAAGCAUUGUUCUCACAAAGGAUUAAAUUGUAAAGACGACUUGCAGUCUUCUCCCUUGAAUAUGGUCUUUAAAUGGCUUAUUUAAUGAUUUAGUAAAGAAUGAAAGAACUUUUACAGACCGUAAAUAUUCCGUACAGUCGUCGCUGAAGUAUCAUCCUCCUCAUAAAUUUCACUUGAAGAGGAUCAUUCAUUAAUCGUACAGUCCCGUUUUGUCUCAUAUUGUCUGUAUAUGUACUGUACUGCUUGCCCUGACUGGUUGAAAUUCGGCCCGGUACAUAAAUGAACUGUUAUGUACCGUGUUCCAGGUAACCCUGUGCAUAAAUAGUUAAUUUAAUUCUGGUGAGCAAUCGUAAACCAAGUUCUCUAUUUUGUAUUUUUGAUCAAUGUACCUUUAUAAAUGUAAAGCCUUUAAUGUGAAAUGUAUCUCUGUUUUAUGUAGAAAAAAAUGUGGCCAAUCACUCCAAUUUGUUUGUAAAUUUAUUGAACUUCUUAAGGGUUAAGUCACAACAUUUUAAAAUUGAGUUUAAAUUUUAUAGUUAUAUACAUUAAUCCCAACUCAAUUCUCAAAAUAUCUCGUCUUACCCUUGGGACUCUACAAUGCCGAUUCACUACAGUACCCUUGAAACCUUUAUCUGAUUCAUAAUGUUAAACAUAUUAUAUAUUUCCUAGGUUUAAAUGUUAAAUUGAAGGGUCAAUAGUUAAUCUUAGUCUUGUGGGCAAGUCUAACGACUAACCCAUGAACCACCAAGUUUUCUAUUUUGUAUUCUAUAAAUGUGAAAUGUAUAUUGUAUUAUAUGUAUUAAGAAAUGUGUCAGAUUUAACUUUUGUAAUUGGGUCCCAUAGUGCACUAAACCUUGCACCUUCAAUUGUGAACAAAAAAUAUAUAUAUAUAUUAUAUUAUGAAAUAAAUCAAAUGCCAGAUACGUUUCCUAGUAUAAUUUAAUAGGUAACUUAUCAAACUUUUUUUUUAAUUCUCUCACUAUUAAUUUUUUUUUAGUUCGAUAUUAAAUAUUUUAAAAUUUGAUAAUGCAUUUCAAAAAACUUAUUAAGUAAAGUUGACCAAUUUCACAAGAGAUGAAGAAAAAAUAUUUACAAAAAUU